CGCCAAAUUAAGCCCUCCCAUCCCCUAUAUAUAUUAUUAUCAGUCAUUUUCAAUCGUAUUAAUUCAUUCUACCUUGUAGAGAAAAAGGGAAUGGGAAAUAUGAUGAAAGGCUCAAGGGUUUUCAUGCUUUUGCUAGUGAUCACCAUGGUUGUUUUAAGCAUGGAGGAGGGUGUAAAAUUGGCCAAAGCUGCAGGACCAAGCGCUGCGCAAUGCAAAGAGGAGAGGAGGCUUGGGAUUAAUGCUUGCAAGCCAGUUGUUUAUGGCAAGCUUCCAACGCCAGAGUGCUGUGAGCGUGUAAGGGUUACCCAUAUUGAAUGUGUUUGCACUGUCGUUACACCAAAGUUGGCUGCCCUAAUUGAUAUCAAUCGUGCAAUUCGCCUCAUUGAAGGUUGUGGUCGCAGGGUUCCUCGCCACUUCAAAUGUGGGAGUAUCACUACUCCAUGAAUCAAAGUUGCUAAUGCUUUGUUGGCUUCCUUUUCUGGUUACUAUAAAAAUAUGAUUAGCUAUUGUCAACGUGGUUGGAGAGAGGAUGGGUAGCCUUGGAUCAACAGAUAAUAAUGGAUUAUUAUUAUUAAUAAGAAGUUCUUGGGUUAUUUCCCAGCCUCAUGAUUGAUGAUUAUGUAAUGUACU